AUGUUCGCCAAAUUCCGCCAACAACAGCAGCAGCAGCAACAGCAACAGGGAGGGGAUUCAUCACCGUGGGAAUCAGAGGAACCGGAACCGACCGAGCUGAACCCGAGCAAGUGCGGGCAGCGGUUACUUCUUAGCAAGGACAAGCUAAGCGUCACGUACACGGGCAACGGCACGCACAACAACGACGUUGGUGCCAUCCAGGCGAAUCGCGCGGCGCCUAGCCAGCGCGCGAUCUACUACUUCGAGAUUGUCGUGAAGGACCGCGGCACGCGCGGGUGUGUGGCCGUUGGGUUCGCGGACGCGAGCUUUAAGACGUGCCGGCAGCCAGGGUGGGAGGCGAGCAGCUACGGGUACCACGGGGACAACGGCAAGGUGUAUCACAACAGCGGGCGCGGGGAGGCGUACGGGCCCGAGUUCACCACCAACGACGUGGUGGGCGCGGGCAUCAACUACGGCACACACGAGAUCUUCUUCACCAAGAACGGCAAGUCGUUGGGGCCGGCGUUUCGGGAUGUGAAGGGCGAGCUGUUCCCCACCAUUGGCCUGCACAGCCCCAAUGAGAGGGUGGAGGUCAACUUUGGUCAGAAACCUUUCCUCUUUGACGUUCAGGGUAUGGUGAUGGACGAGAGGACCAAGGUGCAGCGGUCCAUAGACCGCAUCCCCUUGUCGCCACACAUCACACACAGCAUAGUGCGCUCAUACCUGCUCUUUCAUGGCUAUGCUGACACGCUUGCUGCCCUCGAUGCUGCCAGCAAUCCGACUCCUGCCACAACCCCUGAUGCUGCUGCUGCUGCUGGUGCAUGCGGGGUUGCAAACGGAGCCGUAGAGCCUGCUUCCCUGCUGCGACCGUCAGCAACUGCUGCUGCGGGUGGGGGAGAUGGAGUGGGAGGAGGGGGCGCAGAGGGGAGUGUGAGGGGGAGGGAGACGGUUUCUGGGCCUGAGCCCAUGGAAGUGGCACCAACAGGGAUGGACGCUGCUGCAGCAGCUGCUGCUGCUGGGGCUGCAGGUGCAAAAGCUCCAGGCAACACGCUCUCAACGCAAGGAGCAGAAGCAGCAGCAGCAGCAGCAGCAGCAGCAGCAGCAGGGCUGGCAAGGGCGCCUAGUGUGGGCUCGCCUUCAUGGGACACUGUGCUAUCAGGCACGCUCGCCUUCCGAGCUCAAGUCAGACAGCUGAUACGAGCGGGUCACAUGGAUGCAGCACUGAACAAGCUCUUUGAAGUGCUGCCCCAGCUGCUGCAGAACGAUAGUGCAGGAGUCACGUUUCUUCUCCGAACCACCAAGUUUGCAGAGAUCGUUCGGUCGGGGUCGCUAGAAGCAGCGCUGGCGUAUGCGCGUUCGGAGCUCUCAGGGUUCCGAGGCCGCUCACCGGACCAAGACGCGCUACUGGAGCCCGCCCCUUUGUUUUCUCUUUCAUGCUUCCUCUCCCUUCAUCUCUCGCCCUCUCCCUUCCUCGCUCACUCGCCCCUUACACCUCGCUCUCCCACCUCCUAUUACACUCAGGACUUUCUUGCGCUCUUGGCAUAUCCGGACGCCACUACCAGCCCCCUCGCCUAUUUUGAGGCGCCUCAAAAUACAUCUCCCUCACCCGCCCCCCCCCUUGCUACUCACUCACAGGACUUUCUUGCGCUCUUGGCAUAUCCGGACGCCACCACCAGCCCCCUCGCGUACCUGUUGCACCCCUCGCAUCGAGACGCAGUAGCAGACCAAGUCAACACCGCAAUCCUCUCUGCCGCUGCUGCUUCGUCCACCCACUCCCUUCCCUCCCCUCCCUCCUUGCUCUCCCCGUCCGGCCCUCUUGAUAUGUCCGCGUCUGGUGCUGAUGCUGCCGCUGGUGCUGCUGCUGGUGGUGCUACUGGUGCUUCCGGUGCUGCUGGUAGUGCUGGGGAGGGUGCUGUUGACAAGGCUGCUUUGGACUCGAGGGAUUAUGCACUUGCCAUGUCAGACAGAGCCGGUAGCAGCAGCAAUGCGAGUGGGUCGUUGGCAGGGGCAGUGGGGAGAAUACCAGAACGGUUGAGAGCGGUGCUGGAGGUGCUGCUGAGGCAUCUGGCUGUGUGUCAUGAGGAGAGGAGGGAGGCAGCAGGGGGGCAGGGUGAGCUGUUCUGCCUGCAGCGCAUGCUGGGUGGGGGGAAGGAUGGCGGCGUGUGGUGA